GUCUAAUGACCAACAUUCAUCUCUUGCCUUGUCUUUUUUGCAGUUCCUGAUUUCUACACCAUACAGGUCAGCAUGUCAGCAAAGACAGUAAGAUCAGUCCAUGCCGCAGUCACAUUAUCCACGCCUCCCCCCCUCUCAAAGCAUUCCAGAAGCGCUUUUAGCGAGGCAGAGAGGCAAGGUCUACUCCAAAACUUCGAUCUCGAGGUCCAAGACAAAUUGCAAUACUUCAGGUCCAUGCUCAAGCAGACACUCGAUUCAUUUAGUCUGCGUGGGGAAACAGAGAUUCUUUCCAUACCACGCGAACUACGUACCAUGACUUUGGGCGAAUUGGAAGAAAAGUGGGGCGGAGGCUGGGCUGGUACCUUUCAUAGAAUCAAGACAGAAAGGUUCGAGGUGGAGGAAAAAGAACGGGAGGAAAGAGAGGAAAAGGGAAGGGAGGAAGCGGUGAAAGGAAAAAGAAAAAGGAAUAUCGCUACGACUUCUAGGGCAAACUCGCCCGCUAGAUCAACUAAGAAUCCUCGACGAGAAGCCCCCACCGGUCCUAAUCGUAAUGCUCCUAGUCGUGCGACUUCAUCCACAGCCGCUGCCAGAGCCAAGCCAGCAGCCAUGUCUAAACGGACCAGUAAGGCCAUCGUAGCCUCUUCAUCCAAUUCCACUAGUGGCCUUCCGCAAGUCCAUAUCUUCAAUCCCGCUUUGCCAACCGCCCCUUUUCGCUCAGCUGGGGCCGGUUCUGCUGCCCGUCCUUCUCCGAUCUCGAAGGUGACCCAUUCAUAUUCCUGUUCUCGCGAACUUUCAGACAAUUCCGGAAGCAUAAUCUCUGUUAAUGAAGAUUCUCUCGAAGGGGACGAAGAAGAAGACGACUUGCCUGAUCCGCAGGCGAUGGAAGCCAAGUUACUUUCCCAACCUGAAGCCAAGUCACCCACGUCAAAGAGCAGAUCCAGGAAGAAGAGAGGACCGUCAUUGAUCUUCCAUCAGUCCUUUGGUGCAGGAAAGAUAAUAUCUACCCCAGAACCUCCCAGCUCUUUGGAUUCAGACGAACCUCUAGCAACCAUCCAGCUUUCAGACGGGCGCGAAAUUAGCUUCAAUCCGUUCUCUCUUACUCCUGGCCGCGUCGAGAGGGAGCUAGAAGAAGGAGGUGUGAGUAAGGAAGAGAAAAUCAGAGUGCAAAAUGAAGUGCAUGCGGAGGUCGUCAAGAGUUUGCAAGCUAGAAUGGAAAAAUGGAAGGUUUAGUCGGUGAAAAUGGGGUAGGACAGGCAGUAGCUUCACAAUCAUUGUUAUUAUCCAUGUUCAUAUUCCUAGUCGCAUAAUGUAGAGUUUCUA